AUUUUUGUUCAAACUCACGCAUUUUCACUUUUCAAGCCGGGUUCGGGCCUUGACGGAUGGCCACCAUUAUCAGGUCUACGUGGGAAUAAGGGUUGAAUUUGGUUUUUCAAACCUCCGUAAAACAACCCACCGCAAAGGCGCUUUAGAAUCAACUCUUGGCAAAAAUGGCGUCUUCUUCUCCAUCAUCAUCAUCGGCUGUUAAAAGACUAUCAAAUCUCAGCAACCAUCUUUGCCCAACUAACUCAAACCCUUUAGUCAAAGUAUCUGCUCAAGUGUCCCAGGCUCUGUCCACUGGUCUCCCGGUUGUUGCUCUCGAGUCCACCAUCAUUUCCCAUGGAAUGCCGUAUCCGCAGAAUCUUGAAACAGCCAAGGAGGUGGAGGCGAUUGUGAGGGACAAUGGAGCUGUUCCUGCUACCAUCGCCAUUCUUGAUGGCGUACCAUGCAUAGGUUUGAAUUUGGAACAACUGGAAAGGCUUGCCCGAAUGGGAAAAAGUGCUCAAAAGACAGCUCGAAGGGACAUUGCAUAUGUUGUGGCCACCAAGAGGAAUGGUGCAACAACUGUUUCUGCAACUAUGUUUUUCGCUGCCAUGGUUGGUAUACCUCUUUUUGUUACUGGGGGAAUUGGGGGAGUGCAUAGGCAUGGCGAGCAUACAAUGGAUAUAUCCUCUGACCUCACGGAGCUUGGAAGGACACCUGUAGCAGUCGUUUCUGCUGGUGUAAAAUCUAUAUUAGAUAUUCCAAGGACACUGGAAUAUUUGGAAACUCAGGGAGUUUGUGUUGCUGCUUACAAGACCAAUGAGUUUCCAGCUUUUUUUACUGAAACAAGUGGCUGCAAGGUGCCUUGUCGGUUAGAUAGCCCAGAAGAAUGUGCACGGUUAAUUGAUGCAAACAGGAAGCUUAAUCUCGGAAAUGGAGUACUGAUUGCAGUUCCCAUCGCAAAAGAAUACUCAGCUUCUGGAAGCUUAAUAGAGUCUGCAAUACAGCAAGCUCUUACAGAAGCCAGGGAAAAGAACAUAACAGGGAAUGCUGAGACUCCAUUCUUGCUCGCUAGGGUUAAUGAAAUAACUGGAGGAGCAUCACUUGCUUCAAACAUUGCGCUUGUGAAAAAUAAUGCUGCUAUCGGUGCUAAGAUAUCUGUAGCCCUGGCCCAGCUCCUUAAAUAACUUUGCAUAAAGGUGAGGAAUAUUUUGUUUAGUACACUAUAUUUACUAGAAAAGGAGUUGCUAGAAGCCAACCUCAGUGAACAAUUUGUUUGGGAAAAGAGUUUUAUAUAUAGGGUUAUUAUCCUAUCCACUACUAAUGGUGUUUUUAACUGCACGAGUAGGGUUAGGAAUCAGAUAAAUGUCCAUAUACUAUAUCUAAAAGAAAAAAGAAAAAUAAUCAAAAGAAAGACGUUGGGUUCCUAACCCUGCUUUUAGUGUUAAAAGAACUCCAGUGGCAAUGGAUAGGAUGCUAAUCCUUGGAUGUCUAUGUUUCAGGGAUGGGUUAGCUGAACUGUUUUCUGCAGAUCAUGUUAUUACUUUAGUGUUUGAAUGAUGGAUAGGAUACUAAUCCUUGGAUGUUCAUGUUUUAUAAUGGAUGAAGUUCUUUUGGUGGCUACUUAGUCAUGAA